GCAGGCUUUGUGUUCUUUCAAUAUAUCACGUUGAAUAUAUUUCUAUAUAGACUAUAAUCUGGAUGAAGGGAUUUUGUAAACGCCAGUCUUGACGUUAAAACUGGUCGGACCCGAUUCCUGUCAGAAGAAACAUGGAUUCGGAUUUGUUUAUGGAGUGUGAGGAGGAGGAGCUGGAGCCAUGGCAACAGCAGUCUAUGGAUGAACCAGCCGGAAAUGCUGAAAGCAGUACUCCCUCCGUCACUUCCACUCCAGCCCCGGUGGUUGAUGUUCCAGCUCCGCCUAAGACCAUGGUGAUCCCAAGCCUAACGUCUGUAGUAAAUGCGGCGAACACGGUUCCGCUGAUCACAAAUACAAUAACUCAACGUGCGGUUGUGCCGACUGAGAUCCCUAAAGCAGUGCAAGGGCAGCCGGUCAUCUUGGCACCAGGAGGAGGUGGACUGGGCACUGUGGCUCUGUCACAGGUUCUCCUGCCUGGAACAUCUAUUGCCAAUGUUACCAACAGUCAGCCGAUCUACUUUACCACACAGGGUCUUCCUGUCCAGAAUAUCCAGCCUGGCCAGGGUCCAAUGAGUUUAGUGCUGAAUGUCCAACAAGGCCAAACUGUUCGACCGAUUACUCUACUCCAGGCACCUGGCACACAAAUUUUCAAACCAGCCAUCGGAGCAACCCAAAUAAUUACCCAGCCUGCUCAAAUAAGGGCUGGAGCUCCGGUUGUAAACAGAGCCCAAACGCCUAGUACUUUCAGCACAGUGCAGAUCCCUGCUACUCUCACUUUUCGAACCACAAACGCGGUCACCCCAACAGCUGCCAGUUCUCUACCCAUCGUAUCUUCUACAACCAUUACUCAGCCUACCAGGACCACUACUAAAAUAGUGACAAUAAAGCAAGGAAAUGGACCCCUAGACAUGCAAAACCUAAUGAAUCUUGUGAAGUCUGUGAACCUUCCUGGUGGGGCUCAGGCGCAGACAUUUGUAGUCAUGAGCAAUCAAAAUACCAAAAAUGGUCCUGUUGUUUCUUCUGCUGUUCCUAUCAUCUCACAAAAUGUCAUCCAAACGAUCCCACUUCCAAAUGCAACCUCAUCAACAACCACCACUCAUUUGUGUCCUCGUUGUGGAGCUCAGUUCAGAAUGAUUGAGGCUCUACGCGGUCAUAUGUGUUUUUGCUGCCCUGAUCUGGUCCACAUGACUGAAACAAGCAGUACCCCAACAGCUGUGAAACCCCCAGCAACACCACCUAAGAGUGCCUCUGUUGUGCCUAGUGCCAAGGUGGAUAGCCCACCUAGCAAAACAGGAGAUAGCCAUCCCAGACUCGUCAUGCUGGUUGAUGAUUUCUACUACGGCACAUUUGAGGGAAAUCGAGUCUAUGUACCAAUGGACAACUCAAAAGAACCAUUAUCAUUCAGAUGCCUGACCUGUAGCAAGAAACUAAAGAAUAAUAUUAGACUUAUGAACCAUAUGAGGUACCAUGUUGAACUGGAUCAACAAAAUGGGGAAAUGGACAACCACACAUCCUGUCAGCAUUGUUUCCGUCGCUUUCCUACACCGUUUCGUCUGCAGUGCCACCUUGAGAGUGUCCAUACCUCCAUUGAAUCAUCUACCAAGUGUAAGAUAUGUGAGUGGUCCUUUGAGAAUGAGCCAGUGUUCCUGCAGCACAUGAAGAACUCCCACAAACCCGGAGAGAUGCCUUAUGUAUGCCAGGUGUGUGAAUACCGUUCCUCCUUCUACUCUGAUGUGUUUAACCACUUUCGUACCUGGCAUGAGGAUACCCGCCACCUUCUGUGCCAGUAUUGCCUGAAGGUUUUCAAGCAUUCCACCAGUUACCAGCAACAUUAUGUUCGUCAUCAGAAAUCAACAGUUUACCAUUGUAACAAAUGCCGUCUUCAGUUCCUUUUCACAAAGGACAAAGUUGAGCAUAAAAUAAAUCACCACAGGACUUUCCGAAAGCCCCGUGAAUUGGAUGGACUGCAGCCUGGAACAAAAGUGACCAUUAGGGCAUAUGUUGGGAAAAAAACACCAGGUCAGUCAGCUUCAAAAGCAUCCACUAAUAUUCAGAAGAAUAGUAUUAGCAGUUCACAAUCGACAACUCUAAGUGGCGACCAGCAAUCAGAACAACAGCAAUCUGGGAAGAAACAGGUCAGCAAGAUGUUUCAGUUCCUGUCCAAGUUCCAGGAGCAGAGGGCUCAACUGGGCAGACAUAAGUGUGUGGAGUGCACUUUUGACAUUCCAGACUUUGUGAAUCACUACCCCACUUAUGUUCACUGUUCACUCUGCUUCUAUAGCACGUGCUGUUCUCGUGCUUAUGCAAAUCACAUGAUCAACAAUCAUGUUCCUGGAAGGGCUCCAAAACCUUCUAAAAAGGGGCCUCCAAGCGUUGUGAAGCUGACUUGUGCAGGUUGUGAAUACUCCACUCCUCACGGAAAUUUGAUGGCCAAACAUCUCAUCAAGUUCCCUGAUCACUCCUACUGUUUAUUCAUGCGCAAAGAGUGUUUGGAGACAGAUAUUGAGUUCUGCCAUGUUGAGGAGGAGGUGGAGGGUCCACAAGGGGAUGAAGCUAGUGAUGUUGGGACACAGCCUGACUGGUUGUCCCUGAAACAGUGGAAUGUGCCCAAAGAGGAAGGAACAGUGCCAGAGUUCAUGGAACGUUGUGGCCCACGGCAUAUAAUGACCAGGAAUCAUGAUGUCCUCGACUACUUCCAGGUUCUGUUUCCUGAUGCCCUCUUUGAGCUGAUUGUUUGUGAGACCAACGCCUAUGCCACUUAUUGCUGCUCUUCAGGGCAGGGGGACACAUCUUGGCACCCUGUGUCUGUACAGGAAAUCAAAGGCUUUUUUGGUCUCUCUAUCCUCAUGGGGCUUCAAAACCUGGUGGAACCGGACUCGUACUGGACCUGGGAACAACACCAAGGCCGCUAUGGCUCUAGAACAUGGGAGCUGGUUUACAGGACCAUGUCAGUGAAUCGUUUUAAGCAGAUCAGCACUUACAUCCGAAUGAGCAGCAUGCUUGUGGAGAAUGACAGCCAGAGUGCUGACAAGUUGUCAUUUUUUCAGCCGAUGCUGAGCAUCCUGGAGAAAAGCAUGCAAGAGGCCUACAGUCCAAACAAGUGCUUGACAAUUGAUCAAGCUUUCCUACCGAGCCAUGAUAAGGGAACGGCUCAGGAGAAGAGUAAAAAUUCUCAGCCAAGGAUAUGGCUACUGUGUGACUCAAAGUCAGGCUUUUGCCAUAAAUUGCUGGUCUCAACACGACAGGAGAAGCACAAAGACUUGGGAAAAUCAGUUGUGCCACAUCUCACAGAGGGUCUUGAGGGUAAACAUCACAACAUCUUCUUGUCCAGCUCACUUGCCUCUGUGCAACUCAUGAAGGAUCUCUUUGAUAGUGGUAUAUACUGCUCCAGCUCUGUCCUGCCACAAAGUGCAGUUUUGCCCAAGGAGUUUUGGGAUGAACCUCCACUGGAAAAUCCAGGCAAUUUUAAACAGUAUGAGUUCCCCCCACUUCUUGCCACUAGAUGGAAAGAUACCAAAGAAUUGGUAUGCCUCUCCACAAAUGCCAACGCAGGCCAUGAAGAUGUGGUGUGGAGGAGGUCUCCCACUAAAAUGGGUGAGCUUUAUACUAUUGAAAGGCCACAGGCCUUCAAGCUGCUCCAAGACAACAUGAGAGGAGUCGAUAUCUGUAAUCAGCUGCUGACGUGCAACCAACUUGGUGGGCUAGAUCUUGACACCAACUGGCGGCGUCUCUUCUGGUUCUUUGUCAACUUGAGCAUCAUCAACUCUUUUAUUGUCUUACGAGAGACCCGCAAAGACAACCCACCAGUGUGGCUCCCAGGGGGUCACUUUUCCCAGGCCGUUUUCCGUAAACGUCUGGGCUACCAGCUUGCCAAGUGUGCUGAAAGACACACUCUCCAGAACCAAAUCCACAAUAGCAUGAUUGAGCAACAGACUGUGAAAAAAGAAAGUCAAGAGGUGCAAGAAGAGGUCAGACAUCGAUUAGGCAAAAUUACCAGAAGGGCGAGGAGAUGUAAAGUUUGCAACUUGAAAAACAUGCGUCAUGAGAGCAUGUAUGGCUGCACCGCCUGCCAUGCGAAUCUGUGCAAGCGUUCUCGCUGCUUCUGGGAGUUCCAUGGUUUCCCAACUAAUUAUCAAGGUAGUGCAAAAGUUGGAUUCGUUGACUCUAAGAGGGACGGCACAGAGCCAGGACUUAAACAUAAAACAGAAAUGUUGGAAAGAGGCCAGGCCAAAUCCUCAGUGGACAUCAGUAAUGUUUCACAGGGUGCCACUGCUGGCCAGGACGAAGACGUGGACCAAGAAAUGGCUCCUCUGGAAGACGAAGACACAGAAACAGACACUGAUACGGUUGAAAGCAGCGAGGAAGUCCCACUUCGAACAGUGGCUAGUGAGAAAGAAAAGCGAUCACUAACCAAACCAACACAGCCUGUGAGAAACAGAGAGGAGUCUUUGACUAUUCACCAGCGGCGAAUACUUCUUCUUGCACUAUGUGCCGGGAUCCAAAAAGCAGCAAAAGAGAUGGACACCAAACCGCAGCUCAUCAAGACCUGGAUUCAAGACAAGGAGGAUCAGUUAAAUGAAUGCUGCAGCAGUAUCUGUGGAGAGGCUGUUGAUCGUCUAGUACAGUGGGUUCUGACACAACGAGAACAGCAGCGUCCUAUCAAUGAGGCGAGAUUGUUUGAAAAAGCUUCAGAGCUCCAAAGCCAGACCAAUGAAACAAGUUCAUUCCGUAUUUCAUACGAGUGGGCUGUGAACUUCAUGAUGCAGCACAAACUGGGCUUGGAUACCUGUUUCACAGUACAAAGGGAACUCCCUAGUGCCAUGGAAGAGAACUGUCGUUGCUUCAAAGAAUUGGUGCAUGGUCAAGUUAAGACCAACAACGUUCCACAGUGUGUCAUUGGGGUUAUGGACCAGCUUUCCGUGUUUGUGGACAUCAAUAUGUUGAAUGAGAAAAACAAGGUAAGACGAGACACAGCUAUUCAGUUUACCGGGUCUGGGAAGCCUUUCGUAAAGAUUUACCUUGCAAUGCUUGCAAAUGGUACGAUGCUUCCUGCAGCACUCUUCACCAGUCACACUACGAGCACACUGAGCAGCACACCAGACACAGUCUUGAUUAUGGCCAAAGAGGAAGGUUACAAGGCAACAGAAGAGCUAGAAAUUUGGGCCACCAAAGUGUGGAAGCAGCAUCUCGACUCGCAGAAUGAGAAGGAAGCGCUGCUGGUUUUGGAUAGCCAUCAUUGCCUGACGUCUGAGUCCAUUAUUUCUACAGUCAGUAGCACCAAAACCUUCCUUCCAACCAUUCCGGCAGGUUGUACAUGCCGACAUCAACCUUUAGAGAUGUGCGUACGCCCUGUGCUCCAAAGGUUGUUUUUAUCUCGUUGGGCACAACAGCCUAAAGAAUCAGUUCAGCCUGAAGACCUGAUGCAGCUUCUAGUAUCCUGGUUAGACAAGGCCAUGUCAUGCUUCUCAAGUAGGCCUGAAUUUAUUCAACAUUCAUUCUGCUUGGCUCAUCUGCUUCCGGAUCAGGAGACACAUACAGAUUUGCCUGGUACUUCUGUGGAGUUGCUAAAUAUACUUUCAGAAGCAACACUGGGACCAGAAGUAGUAGAUCUGGAGUCAGCAGAUGAAGAAGAGCCAAUGGACACACAUUCUGUAGACAACGUAACUGAGAAAAUAGAUCUUACAGAGGAGCAAGAGGAUACGGAAAAUGAACUAAACGAUGACAAAGCGAAAAACACAGAACAGCAAAAGGAAACAAAUGAUGAAUGUUUGGAAAUCGCAAGCGAGUCCACCGAUUUCUCACAUUCGUCGCCUGAGCAUGAGACCCCUUCACACAACUCUGAACCAGAUCAUUUGUCGGAAUCUGGUCUGGAUGCUAACACUGAUCAAACGGAUUCAGCAAACAGGUGAUAUUUGAUCUACUAACAGACGCUGGUAGAUUUAACAGAAGGACAGGCCUUGCUGAAUGUGACUGGUUAUUUAAUUUACAGCCUAUUAUUUGGUGGUGUGAAAAUGGGGAGGAAAAAAAAAGUUUUUUAAUCUUAAAAACUGUAUAGAUUUAUAGGAUAGACGUUGCAUGAUUGGGUUUUGCUAAGUUUUUCUACCUACUUUUAUUUCUGUUGUUUAUUCACUAGCAUACAGUAAUACAAAAGCUCCCUUUUUUUGUCUGUUGACAGACAAUAUUUACUUAUAUUCCCCAUCCUCUGAAAGUUCAUCACAGGUUUUUGCCUGUUUAUGUUUUAGUUAUUUCGAAGAUGUAAUGGGAGAAAUUUGUUUGAUAAGCCAGCUGCGACCUGUAUUGAGUGAUUUGACUCAAGCGUGUGGGUAUUGGGUGGAUGAAAGUAUUGUUUGUUUAUUUUUUGUUGUUGUUGUCCUGCCCCUCUCUUACAGUUUAUGUGUGUCCAACGCAGGAUGAGUAUCAAAAAUCAUGCGAUUUAAAAUCUGAUAACAUUUGAAUUGAAGAACGAUACAAAUGCUGUUUUGAAUAAUGCUAUUUAAAAUUAUUUAUUCAAUGAUUGACCGUAAAUUAUAGCCUAUUAUUCCAUAGCUUUACAGAUUCUGUUUGACAUCCAACCUUAUUGCAUUUUAUGACACAUGCUACAGUUCAGCCUGUAAGAUUGGUUGACAGACUAUCUUGCAGCACUUCCAUUUUGGUUAUUUAUGUAGUUAUCAUAUACGUUUACCAUUGAGAGAGCAUUGAUAUUGAAUGGAGUGUGAUCAGUGAGUAUACAUUCAGUACUGAUUUCAGCAUCUGAAUUUACUGUAGCGACCACAUGAUGGUGUAACUACACUCCAGGUGUCAUCUAUUGACAUUCAAUUCAAAGAGGUAUUGAUGCACUUUAUUAGUGCUCUUCUAUGUUUGUAAAGGUGUGUACUUUGAUUUCAUCUCUGUUUGCUGCAGCAAUUUUGUGUAUAAUUUACAUGUUGUGGGACUUCUUGUACAGUCUGAUUGCGAAGGUAAGUGGACGUUUAUAGAAAUGAGGGUCUUUUGAAUGUGCUGUUUUGUUUAAACUGCAAAGAGGACUAAUGAAUAAUUGAUCAUUGAAAAAAGGCGUUGCAUAUGUGACUUCCCAUUUAUUAUUAUUAUUUUUUUAAUUUCUUGUGAAUAAAAUUUAAUAAACAGUGUGUGCAUAAA